AUGCAGUCCUCACCCCCUGGACCUCAUCAUGCAGCCCUCACCCCCUGGACCUCAUCAUGCAGUCCUCACCCCCUGGACCUCAUCAUGCAGCCCUCACCCCCUGGACCUCAUCAUGCAGCCCUCACCCCUCUGGACCUCAUCAUGCAGUCCUCACCCCCUGGACCUCAUCAUGCAGCCCUCACCCCUGCCCAGCCUCACCCCCUGGACCUCAUAAUGCAGUCCUCACCCCCUGGACCUCAUCAUGCAGUCCUCACCCCCUGGACCUCAUCAUGCAGCCCUCACCCCCUGGACCUCAUUAUGCAGUCCUCACCCCCUGGACCUCAUCAUGCAGCCCUCACCCCCUGGACCUCAUCAUGCAGUCCUCACCCCCUGGACCUCAUCAUGCAGCCCUCACCCGCUGGACCUCAUAAUGCAGUCCUCACCCCCUGGACCUCAUAA